CGGAGUGGGGUUUUGUGGUGGUGGUGGUGGUGGUGGUAGCAGAAGACGUCACCAAAUGGCGGCGUACGACCCGGCCGGCGGCGGGGGGUGGAGCAACGUCCCCAACUGCUCCCGCAAGGCGGCGCCGCCCGCCUCUGCUCAGCGCCGCGGCGGAGGCGACGACCGCGUGCCGGCGGUGGGCGAGGUCGCCGAGGGGGUGAAGGGGCUCGAGAUCGGGGACGGGGAGAGGAGGCUGGACAAGUACGACAUCCCGGUGGAGGUGAGCGGGGAGGGCGCGCCCGCGCCCGCGGACGGGUUCGAGGCGGCCGGGCUGGCGGGGGCCGUGCUCCGGAACGUGGCGCGGUGCGGGUACGAGAGCCCCACGCCCGUGCAGCGGUACGCGUUGCCGAUCGUGGUGGCCGGGAGGGACCUCAUGGCGUGCGCGCAGACCGGGUCCGGGAAGACGGCCGCGUUCUGCCUCCCCGUGGUGAGCGGUCUGGUGGCGGCGGCGGAGGCGGGAAGAAACGGAGACAGCCGACGGGACAGGGGGUCGUUUGAUCGCACUGCGAGGCCGCGCGCGCUCGUCCUCGCGCCCACCAGAGAGCUUGCAGCGCAGAUUAGUGAGGAGGCCAAGAAGUUUUCUUUCCAAACUGGACUCAGAGUUGUGGUGGCCUAUGGUGGAACACCAAUGCAUAAGCAGCUGCGUGAUUUAGAGAGGGGUGUUGAUAUUCUUGUUGCUACCCCUGGACGCCUUGUGGACAUGGUUGAAAGAUCAAGGAUCUCUCUUGAGGCAAUUAAGUAUCUGGUAAUGGAUGAGGCUGACAGAAUGCUGGAUAUGGGGUUUGAGCCUCAGAUAAGGAAGAUAGUUGAUAUGAUGAAUAUGCCAAAAAAGUCUGUGAGACAAACUAUGCUCUUCAGUGCAACCUUCCCACCAGAAAUACAGAGACUUGCUUCUGAUUUCUUGGCAAAUUACAUAUUUAUCACUGUCGGAAGGGUUGGGUCAAGCACUGACCUGAUUGAGCAGAAAAUUGAGUUUGUCAAUGACGGUGAGAAAAGAGACUUCCUGUUAGAUCUUUUACACAAGCAAUUUGUUGGUGUGGCUAACAGCAAGCAACCUCUGACGUUGGUCUUUGUGGAGACAAAGCGGGAAGCUGACUCAUUGAGGUAUUGGCUAUACUCAAAAGGUUUCCCUGCGACAGCGAUCCAUGGUGACCGAACGCAGCAGGAGAGGGAGAACGCCCUGAGAUCCUUCAAGAGUGGUGCUACUCCUAUCAUGGUCGCCACUGAUGUAGCUUCAAGGGGACUGGACGUCCCGAACGUGGCUCAUGUGAUCAACUACGAUCUCCCUAAGAGCAUCGAGGAUUACGUCCACAGGAUCGGAAGAACCGGGAGAGCUGGAAAGGCCGGGAUCGCCACCGCCUUCUUCACCGGCUCUAACCACCCCCUGGCGAAGGGCCUGCUGGAGUUGCUGACCGAGGCGAAGUGGGCUGUGCCCAAAUGGCUCGUGGAGUAUGCGGGCAGGCCAGGCUACAGAGGAUCAAGCUACGGCGGAAGAGGCCGAAGGUCUGGUGGUGGCGGUGGGUAUGGAGGCAGAGACUAUCGCCGCAGCAGUGACUACUCUGAUGGUGGUGGUGGUGGUGGUGUCUACUCUGGUGGCGGUGGCGACUAUUCUGGAGGUGGUGGAGGCUCCUCCGGUGACGGCGGCGGCGGCAGCUCCUUCCGAGCAGAAGCUCCUCCGCGGUACUACCCGUCGUACGCCAUGGGCACCGCGGACAUCAUCGCCUCUGGCUGGGACUAGCCAGCGCGCGCACGUACCCUCAGUGCACAUACAGUGUAGAACUAUAAUAUAUAGCCCUGCGUAUGCUAGAUACGUAGGAGCGCCUGAAUUAGCUCUCGGUCUUCGCUGGUCCUUUUGCCUUGCCGGUCCUCGUGUUUGGUGGUUAAACUCGAAGGCUAUAUGCAUUAUUACUUUUAGUUCCUGAUGCUGUUGGAUAUCGUCUCAUGGAUGUGCUGACGGGCAGAUCCUGAGUCCUUGCUCGCGUGUGGUUUGCCUUAAGAACAAAGAUGAUAUAUCUGUCCGUUGGGAAUAGAUGUCUAUCUGACGGACAGGCAUAUAUUCACAUUGUAUAUAUUCAUCAACAUCAAUGAAAGA